UACAAAAAAAGUUGCCCUAGACGAUCUUUGUGCCGUUUCGGCGUUUCAGACGGACUCAAUUUUUGUGACACACAAUCUCUUCCGUGUAGUAAGCGAAUCACAGCUGGCGGCAACUGUAAACUGGAGUUUAUUAUAGCUAACUAAACCAUGGACGCUAGCGGGGGAACAGCGAGCAUCAUGGCCUCAGAGGACGAGCACGGUGUCCAGUAUGUAACCCAGGAGGAGGAAGAGGACCUGGAGCUGGCGCUAGCAAACAUGACGGUGGAAGACCUGCUGUGGAGGGUGCAGGCCGUGCAGACGGACAACAUGACAGAAGAGUCGGGCAUCAACACGGUCCCGGAUUGGGAGAGAGAGCUGGCGGCCAUGUUUGAGUACAGCUCCAGCCUGACAGAGCAGUACGACAGUCUGACAAGGAAGCAGGAGGAUAAGGAGGUGGCGCACGAAAAAGACAAGCAACAACUGCAGAAGAAGAAGGAGGAGGCAACCCUCCAGCACAAGGCUCUUAUGGGGAGACUGGAGUCUCUGCAAGAUAAAUUGCGGCUGAACAGCUCCAAGGCUACCAGGAAGAACUUCUUAGCCAAGAAACAGGAGAUGACCUCAGAGAAGAACAGAGCGGAAGAGGACAAGAACAGGCUGGCCAAGGAGCUGGAGGAGACUGAGGGGAAGCUAACGGCUCUCACGGAGGAGCAGAGCGAGGAGCAGCGGCGGUGGCAGGAGGAGCUGGACGAGCUGAGGCAGGAGAUGGAGCGAGUGAGGAAGGAGGCGCAGGAGGCUGAGCUGGUGGCCUUACAGGAUGAGAUCGCCGCCGUGGAAAAGCAGAGGGACGUCGCCAUGGCUCACAUCGAGGCCUGGCUGAGAGAGGUGGAGCAGUACCUCAACGCCCUCAGGGUGGAGUUUCCGCAGCAGUACCAUCAGGAGAGGCAGAAGUGGGAGAAGAAGGAAGGUGUGGUCCGGAAGAGCCAGGCUGAGCUCCAGAGCCGUUUCCAGGAGGUUCUGCAGCAGCUUCAUCAAGGUCGUGAGUUACAGUCUCUCCCCAGGAUCAAUGUGCCGACUCUGCCGCAGGUCCCCAUGGCUGACCUGAGAUUCGAUCAGAUCAUGCAGUCUCUGGCCCCUCCUCGGUUCACGCACCCUCCUCCUGCACACCCAGGGAACCGACCCAUCCAUCCCCCGAGACACCCACACCUGAUGUACCAGCAACAGUUCAAUCCACAGUUCCGUCACCGCUACCACCACCCACCACCCCGCCGCUAUUUGCCACCCCACCUCCCACCUGAGCACACACCUCCGUACGCACAGACUGUCCAUGCGCCUCAACCUCAAUUCCAGCCCCACGUCAGAGCUCCACUGAGGGUUACUCCACCUCCCAGUCUCUCCCCGUCCCCUCCUGUUCAGCCCAUCCACCCUGUAGUUCCAUCUCCGCCUCCCCCCGGCGCUGCUGCCACCACAUCCGCCCCUGCCGGCAAACUGGACAAGGUUCUGGAGAAGCUCGGGGCUCGGUACCCACAAUGCAACAGGGCUCAACUGAUGUCGCUGCUCCAGCAGGUGAAGAGCUCGCGUGGCACCCUCGCAGGCAUGUCCAUGGAGGAAGUCAUCGAGCAGGUCGGCUUCAAGCUGGCACAGAGCGAGAGGUCGGCCCCGGGGCCCAUCAGCCGCCCCGUGCCCCCUGGCCCCAUCCAGCGGCCAACGCCUCCCCCGCAGAGAGCGGCAGCAGCAGCAGGUGGAGGGCACACUUUCGGGGCCCGUAAACUCUGCCUGAUGUGCCAGAACCAUGUGGAUCCAGAGAGCCGCCACCCACUGAGCUGCUCCCACACCAUCCACAAAGACUGCAUCAGAACGUGGCUGCAGUCCAGCAAGAACAACUCCUGUCCCUUCUGCCCGGCGAAGUGACGGAGAAGUUUCAGCCACGACUCUGUGCCAUUCCAAAAGUUUCUUCCUCAUGUUAAGCAAUGAAUGUCUUAGUUCGCAACAGAUGUGGUUUUGCGAUAUUUUGUAAAAUACAACCUGAAAUAAAGGUCACUGAAGAAAAGUAA